CCGUCCUCGCGUCACUUUUACGCUCAAACGAACGCCCCCCUCUCUCACUCACUGGGAAAACAACUUUUAUUGAAGCAUUCGAAAUUCUGGAUUUUUUACUAUUCGAGUUGGAAGCGAUUAAGGUCGCUGGGGGGAAAUGGUAACUUUUUUGUUGGAGUUUUUAUUUGAAAAGAGUUUUUGGAAGGCUUCUUUUCGGCUUUUGGGUCAGGUGCGCUGGGGCUUUCGCCCUUCUUGUGACUGGUGUGAUAUCCGAGAGGAGUGAAAACGUGCGGUGAAGUUACCGGCUGGCUUGACGAAUUUGUUAAGGCGAAGAAUUUUGUUUUUUUUUUUUUUUUUUUUUUCAUGUUUCGUGGCCUGCACUCCCCCCGGUUGAUUUUUUCGUCGGUAUUUUUGGCUUUUUUGCUUGUACUAUCAGUCGGGAGUGUGCGCGAACCCUGAAAAUCCAGGAUUAAAGUGAAGUUCGAGUGUCUUAGUGGAGCGAGAGGUUUUUCGCUCUCCUUAAAAUCGGUUUUGGGCCAAUUCAGUGGGGUAAAUAUUCGUGCAAGUUUGCCCAACCUAGUGGCCGGAUGUUCGACUUGUCUACGAGUCACGAUCGGCGAAUUAGCUCGCUUAUUUCUCUCCCGAUGGAUACGACGCCGCAAACGUCCUUCUCACGCUUGCCGAAACUCCAAUGAACCCAUUGUCGUCCGGCGGAUUGUGAAAAAUUUGUAAAAAAUGAGUGAAUCCGAGAGCGGCGAGUGCUCGGUGGACGAAAUCGAGUGAACUUAAUUGACCGUUUGAUACGCUAUCGAACGUCGCAACAAAUCAAUCAUCCUCGAUCGCCUGACAUGGCAACUCUGGGCCUCUCCAAGGUCUUCAUUUUGGACAAAUACUUUACCGAACUUCAAAAAUUCUGGGAGACCGAGAAGAAGCUACAAGAUGCCUCGUCGUCGAACGAAGCGGUGCAUCUUCAGCAGCGACUUAGGAGCCUGAGCACGGAGUUGGUGACCCUGAGAAACCGGUUGCACGUGAGUCAGCCCGGAGGGGCGACAAGCCCAGGGGCUGCUGCGGGCUCGCCAGGAAUCGGUGAAAAAGGUAGUGCUCCAGGAAGCGGUGCACCGGCGGUGCCACCCCGAACGAUAUUGCCGAGCCAUGCGAACUCGGUGAACUCAUCGACGCUGAAUAAUCCGAGCAACGCCAACGGCUCCGGCAUCGGCAAUGCCAUCUUGCAUCAGCAUCCACCGAUCGGACAUUCCUCCGGGCAGACCUUCACCGCUUCCGCCAUCGUCCAUCCUCAUACCAAUCAUUCCAACGAUCGUGGCCUCAAUUCGUCAACGGGUAACCUCAUUUCCGAUCACGAAACGGCGGAGCGCCCCAUCGGCAUCACCGACGACGUCUCUUGCGUCACCGCCCUCGGUGCCGUUCGCUCACCCCCCAUAUCCAGGAUCAUAGCGGACGUCAAAACCGGCCGAAAUUCUCACGCGCAAAAUCGCUCCAUCGGCAAACCGACGACGAAUCACUCGAGCAAUGGCCACUCCUCGAGCCUCGACGACCUCAUUCACCUGCCGGGACCCCUCACCGAGGACGCCGUCCUUAAGUGCCUGCAGGCUCGGUUCUGCGCGAAGCAAUACCACACGAACGUGGGGCCCAUUCUCGUCUGCAUCAACCCUUACACCGACGUUGGUAAUCCUUUGACCUUGACCAGUACCAGGGCCGUACCUUUGGCCCCGCAGCUCAACAAAGUCGUCCAGGAAGCGGUGAGACAGCAGUCCGAGACCGGUUACCCUCAAGCCAUCAUUUUAUCUGGGACCAGUGGAUCCGGGAAAACUUACGCCUCGAUGUUGCUGCUGAGACAAUUGUUCGACGUCGCUGGCGGUGGACCAGAAACCGACGCUUUCAAACACCUAGCAGCAGCGUUCACGGUCCUGCGAUCUCUCGGCUCCGCCAAAACUGCCACGAACUCCGAGAGCUCGAGAAUUGGCCAUUUCAUCGAGGUGCAGGUAACUGACGGUGCACUGUACAGAACCAAGAUCCACUGUUACUUCCUCGAUCAAACGAGAGUCAUCAGGCCACUUCCGGAUGAAAAAAAUUAUCACAUUUUUUACCAGAUGCUCGCAGGCUUGUCUCAUGACGAAAGAGUGAAACUAAACCUGGAAGGCUACAAUUUGAAGAAUCUGAGGUACCUGCAAUACGGCGAUACGAGGCAGGACGAAGCCGAGGAUGCUAUUAGAUUUCAGGCCUGGAAAGCCUGUCUAGGAGUUCUCGGGAUUCCUUUCCUCGAUGUUGUAAGAGUUCUUGCCGCUGUUCUGAUCCUCGGUAAUGUUGGAUUUACCGAUGGUUCAGGAGUCGAAGUCGGUGUAAUCGGUGAAAAUGAGCUGGGCUCGGUCGCUGCACUUUUGGGCGUACCGCCGCCAGCAUUGCUGCGAGGACUCACUUCCAGGACUCACAAUGCACGAGGCCAACUUGUCAAGUCAGUGUGCGACGCAAACAUGUCGAACAUGACGAGAGAUUCCCUGGCAAAGGCAUUGUACUGUCGAACAGUGGCAACGAUAGUUCGAAGGGCAAACAGCCUGAAGCGUCUUGGUUCGACGCUCGGGACGUUAUCGUCAGAUUCGAACGAAUCGGUUCACAACCAGGCUGAAGUAACGAGCCAGCACGCCUCGACGAUCGGUAGCUCAGCAGGUGGUACCGGGUCGAGAAGCAUGACUGCACUGAACAACGCGGUUAGACACGCGACAGACGGUUUCAUCGGGAUCCUCGACAUGUUCGGUUUCGAGGAUCCAAAGCCAAGCCAACUGGAGCAUCUCUGUAUAAAUCUUUGCGCGGAGACGAUGCAGCACUUUUACAACACUCACAUAUUCAAGAGCUCGAUCGAGAGCUGCCGAGACGAGGGAAUACGUUGCGACGUCGAGGUCGACUACGUCGACAACGUGCCUUGCAUAGACCUCGUAUCAUCACUGCGAACAGGGUUACUGAGCAUGCUGGACGUUGAAUGCUCGAUACGGGGCACCGUCGAGAGCUACGUUGCCAAGGUCAAAGUGCAGCACAAGCAAAAUCCCCGGCUAUUCGAGCCACGAAUCGUCGACUGCAGGUCCUUCGGGAUACAACACUUUGCUGGACGAGUCACGUACGACGCUUCUGACUUUUUAGACACAAACAAAGACGUCGUUCCCGAUGAUCUUGUCGCUGUUUUUUACAAACACACGUGCAACUUUGGAUUCGCUACCCAUCUCUUUGGCAGCGAACUCAAGGCACUUUAUGCCAGUAACACCGUCCCAAGAGGCGUCAGCUUCAGAAUAUCGCCAACCUCACAUACUGAUCUUCUGAACGGUGACGAGCCGAUUUCGACUCUUACCCAAGAUUUCCACACGCGACUGGACAAUCUUCUGAGAACCCUCGUGCACGCGAGGCCCCAUUUUGUACGGUGCAUCAGGAGCAACGCGACCGAAACUCCGAUGCAUCUUGAUCGUGGGGUCGCCAUGCGACAAAUACGAUCGUUGCAAGUCCUUGAAACAGUGAAUUUAAUGGCCGGUGGUUAUCCGCACAGAAUGCGGUUCAAAGCGUUCAAUUCGCGGUAUCGGCUGAUCGCACCCUUCAAACAAUUAAGGAGGGCCGAAGAACAAGCCGUCGAAGAUACUAAACUCAUUCUACAAAAUGCACAACAAACGAAGAGCAAAUUCGGCGCGAGCACCAGCUGGGCACUCGGCAAAAGACACAUUUUUCUCAGCGAAGGAAUUCGACAACAACUCGAAAACCUUCGAUCUGAAACGAGACGAAAAGCUGCCACCGCCAUUCAGUCAACUUGGCGAGGCUGGAGGGUCAGAAGAAGAUGGCCGAUACGUAAAUCGACGAUGAACGUCAGCGCCGGUCUCGGGCUGAAGCAAAAUCAGCAAAACGUCAGCGCGACGAGCCACCAGAGAAAUGGAACGAGCGGAACGGGCUCCGGAACCGGAACUCGUCCGAGGCCACAACCCAUCGCCGGAACUCCGCCUCCCGAUCCCUCGGAAAAAUGUGCCGAUCAAAAAAUGAUACAACAAACGUGCACGCUCUUCGGACUCGAUCUCGAACGUCCGCCUCCGGUACCACCCAGUCGAUCGUACACAGUCACAGGAAACACGAAACUCGGUUAUCCACAGACCAGAGUCAUGAAAAUGCCUUUUCCAGAAGAAGGCGAAGGCGAAGUGGUCCUGCUGAAGGGUGAAACGGUCCUGGUGAUAGGUGCCUCGCCCCGGCGAGGGCACUUGCUCGUCGAGCACAACAACACGACCCUCCACGUGCCUUACCAAUUUAUGGAGCUCAAACCAUGUAACAUAAACGUAUAAAAUUAGUUAUUUAUUAAAAGGCGAUGCAAGGAGCCGAGUUGCAGCCAAAUGCCGAUAAUAUUGCCAUAAAGAUUAACAAUAUUUGUUCCAGUGAAUAAAAAAAUAUCGAAUUUACUGAAACUUUGGAAAGGGGGACAAAAAACUGGGGUGAAAAAAUCGAAUGAAAUAUCAAAAGACUUUGAAAAAGAGUGAGAAACCUUAGAGGAAAAAUUGUGAGAGCGAAUAACGAGACGAGGAAUAAUUUUCAAAAAAUUAUCCAAAGUCACCGCUGAAGACGAAUUUUUAAUAUAAAAAUCAACGAAAUCGAAAAAUUGGGAAAAACGUGAACAAAACUUUCGGAGAAAAAAAUUGACAAAAAAAGGUCGAAAAAUUUUUUUGAUAAGCGAGAAAUGAAACAUUUUUCCGAGUCCCUCUUUUCUAUCUCGAUGUAAAAGAGUUUUGAAUACGCGAUCGAAUCGUCAAACGGUAUUACCCAAAAUCCAUACGUAAAAUAGUUAUUAAGAAAAAUACGAGAAAAAAUGACAAAUUUUCUCGUCACAGGAAGAGAGAAAUAAGAGACCCAAUUUAUUUUAUAUUAUUACGAGAAGGAAAUGAAGCGAAGGGGAAACUGAAAAAUGCAUAUUACCUACACAUAAGACAAUAAUUAAUAUUUUUAUUAUUAUUAUGACUUAAUAAUAAUCACUAUUGUUUAUUAUUAGUAUUAUUAUUAUUAUAACGGAUCGUGUAAUGUAAAAUUUACGUACAUAAUGUACCAGAGUCUUACCUUAAAGGUAUUCCAAAUCGAACAGUA